GUGAAGAACGUGUGUCACCUUAUACGUGAGAAAGGCUACCGUCUCAACUGGCCAACGUGUGUCACCUUAUGCGCGACCGCAGGAAACAUUGUGAUUUCCACAAAGAAACAGGCCACCUGACGGAGGAUUUCUUCAACCUUCGACUUGAAUCGAGGCGUUCAUCCGAAGAGGGUACUUGGCCGAAUAUUUCAGCAGGAAAUAAGAGCGGAAGGAACACGAAUCGAUACCGCCACCGCCACAAAUCGACUAAAAUGAAAACACCGGCUCAUACGUCGUGCACAAAGAAAUAGGUGUUAUGACGAUCGAGGGGGACAGACCGAAGAAGAAGACAAAGAGCGACCGUGCAUUGGAAUGCGCGGCAAUUAAUACCACCCCCAAAUGCGACAUGAGUUUUGACGACUCAGAAUUCCCUCAGGUAAUCCCAUCAGAGGAUCCACUCACCAUAACCGCUUUGGUGGCCGCGUGCAAAAUUCACCGCAUGCUGAUAGAUGGGGGGAGCGUCGUGAACAUCUUGUUCAAGCACACCCUAUACCAAAUGGACAUCGAUCCACGUAUGAUCAAACAUGCACAGGGAAAUUUUGUGGAAUUUUCCGGCGCGCGAGUGGCAGUAAUAGGAGCGAUCACCCUACUAGUCAUAGUCGGAGACUAAGAAUCGCUCAUUUAAAAAUAGGUCGAGUUCACUAUCGUCGAUUGCGACUCGCCCCAUAAAGGCAUUCUGGACCGCCCGUUCUUGGCCAAAUUCACGGCCCUACGAUGCACUUGCCAUCAGAAACUCAAAUUUCUUACCAAGGCAGGUACCGGGGAAUCAAGAGGGCUACCCUAGAAUACAACGCAACCUACCCGCCAAACCAAUAUAAUUGACACUCGAGCGGAGGAGCCGCACCUAGAAUCAAUUGAUUCGGAUUUUGAAGUCGCACUGGAUCCAAAGGAACCAGCCAGAAAAGUACGCAUUUCAACUCAUAUCCACAAUGACAUGGUCGAACCAACGGUACAGCUGCUGCUGGAAUAUAAAGAGUUGUUUGCUUGGUGCACUGAAGAUAUAUCAGGGUGCCAAGGCAUGUGGCGCGACAUACUCUCGCGGUGCCAAUUAACGCUGAACCACGACAACAAGCAUGUCGUAGCUUCAAGGGUGAGAAGCUAAAGGCCAUCGAAGAAGAGGUUGCACACAUCCUUGCCGCGAGACUGAUACAAGAGGUGAAAUACCUGACAUGGCUAGCUAAUGUCGUGUUGGUGAAGAAGUCCUCCAGAGCAUGGAGAAUGUGCGUCGACUAUAUGACAAUCAACAAGGUAUGCCCGGGAGACCCUUACCCCCUAUCAUGCAUCGACCAACUCAUCGACGUCAUUUCCGACCAUGAGAAACUAUGCUUUUUGGACAUGCUCUCGGGAUACCACCAAAUCCUGAUGAACCGUGAAUAAGAAGAGAAAACAUCUUUUAUGACGUCAUUGGCAACUUCUACUUUGUGGGCAUGCCCUUCGGGCUAAAAAAACGCGGGUGUCACAUAUCAACAAAUGAUUGACUUAGUGUUCUCACGUCAAAUCGGAAGAAACAUCGAGGCCUACAUCAACGACCUCAUUGUUAAAAACAAGGAAGGACGCUCGCAUUUGGAGGAUCUCCGCGAAACAUUCGAGACACUCCGCCAACAUGGCCUUCAUUUUAACCCCCUUAAGUGUGUAUUCGGCGCUGAGGCAAGAAAAUUCAUGGGUUUCAUGAUAACCAAGUGCGGCAUCGAAGUGGAUGCCAAGCAAAUGACGGCAGCUCAACAGAAACCUAUGCCCAGGAACACAACGGAGAUACAAUAUCUGAAUGGGAAGCUAGCCGCGCUUGGAAGGUUCAUAUCGAGGUCAGCUGACAAGUGCGCUGCUUUCUUCCAAACUCUGAAAACGGCACCCAAUUCGCAUGGACACUAGAGUGUGGAGCCGCAUUCAAUGAGCUCAAUUAGAAUCUUGUAUCCCCUCCUGUAUUAACCGCACCUAAGCUUAAUGAAAAGUUGUUCUUGUACUUGGCUGUAUCGACCAGAGAUGUGAGCGCAGUGUUAAUAUCUAGAAGAGAGGUUCAAAUGAAACAACCAAUAUACUACACAUCUCGAACGGUGCUGAGCGCAGAAACAAGAUACUCAUCGAUAGUAAAGGCCGCCCUCGCCUUAGUAAGUGCGCCACAAAAGCUACGACCUUACUUUCAAGCACACUCGAUCAUUGUCCUAACAAAUCUCCCACUAAAGAAAAUCCUGAGCUCAAUGGAAGUCUCAGGGCGGAUGGUCAAGUGGGUAGACGAGUUAUCGGAAUACGAUAUCUAAUACGCGCCAAGAUCAGCAAUAAAGGCGCAAAUACUGG